AUGGAGGCGCAUAUGGCGGCGGCCCGACCGCCGACGCACCACCACAACCACAGCCACAGCCAGCAGCAGCAGCAGAAGGCGGCCAACCUGGCGCGCACCUUCACCAAGCUGCUCCGCCGGAAGCGCUCCGACUCCGCGGCGGCGAAGGCGGGGGCCGGGGCCGGGGCCAAGGAGGCGGAUGCGCCGCCGUCCGUCACCGGGGACGACUACGACAGCUCCAUGGACGCCACCACCCCCACCACCGCCACCACGGCCACCAUGCCGUCGCUCAGCAAGCUCAAGCUCUCCGGGAACCUCGCCGCGGCCUACUCCCUCGACGCCUUCUUCCGCAACGCCGCCGAGAAGAAGGCCGCCGGGGCGCCCCAGCAGCAGCCCUCGCCGCCGGCCGCCGCGACGGUUGCCGCCGCGGACUCCCUCCUCGCCAAUCUGUUCGCGGGCGUCUCGGCCGUCAAGGCGGCCUACGCGCAGCUGCAGCUCGCGCAGUUCCCCUACGACGCGGAGGCCAUUCAGUCCGCGGACGCCGCCGUGGUCGCGGAGCUCACCAGGUUGUCCGACACCAAGCGGAGGUUCCUCAAGGAUCCCGCCGGCGCGGCCAGGGACGCCGCGGCGGCGGGCAACACCGCCCUCUCCGCGCAUGCCGAGGAGCAGCGGCAUCUGCUCAAGACGUACCAGAUCACGGCGCGCAAGCUGGAGGCGGAGCUCCGUGCCAAGGAUGCGGAGCUCGACCGCGCCAAGGGCUCCCUCGAUGCGGAGCUCCGGGCGGAGCGCGCCAUGGAGGUGCGCCUGCAUCCGGGCCGCACCCUCGCGUCGCUGGACGAGCUCCACGUCUCCGGCCUCAACCCAACCCACUUCCUCACCGCCCUGCGGCACGCCGUGAAGUCGAUCCGCUCCUUCUCCAAGUCAAUGCUCAGCUCGAUGCAGGCAGCUGGGUGGGAUCUGACCGCGGCGGCCGCCGCCGUCCACCCAGGCGUCCCGUUGCGACGGGCCGGGGACGCCAAGUUCGUCUUCGAAUCCUACGUCGCCAUGAAGAUGUUCGCCAAUUUCCACCGGAGGGACUUCAAUUUCAGCUUCUUGGACGAGCGGGAGUUCUACGAGCGGCGCCGCUUCUUCGAGGAGUUCACGGAGCUCAAGGCGGCGCCGGCCAGCGUCUUCCUCGACGUGCGGAACACCCGGUGGAGCGGAUUCGGCAAGUUCUUGCGCGCCAAGUACCUAUCGCUGGUGCACGCCAGGAUGGAGACGGCCUUCUUCGGCAGGCAGGAGCAGCGCGGCAUCGUGAGCGCCGGGCCCGGGUUCCCGGAGAGCUCGUGGUUCGCCGAGUUCGCGGAGAUGGCGCGCCGCGUGUGGCUGCUGCAUUGCCUCUUCUACGCGUUCGACGGCGGCGACGAGGAGGACGGCACGUCCAUCUUCCAGGUCCGGACCGGCGCGCGGUUCGCGGAGGUGUACAUGGAGAGCGUCAACGACGGGCGCACGGAGGACGCGUUCUGCACCGCCGCCGAGGACCGCACCGUCGGGUUCACCGUAGUACCUGGGUUUAGAGUCGGCCGUACGGUGAUCCAAUGCCGCGUGUACCUGGCGCGGCCGGGACGGCGGCCGUGA